AGGGUCUCUCCUGGUCUUCCUUUCACCCUGUAAAUAAUGGAUACUAUUGUAUGGAUGUGAACCAGGAUUAUUUUGUAGUCUGAAGCAAUAUUUUCUAACUCUGAAUCAUUGCUUGUAAUUUUAAAAUGGCUUUAAGAUUCUCGAAGUCAUUGAGUUUUCUUGUGCUGUGUGCCGUGCUGGCUCCUGUAAGCUCCCAGUGGUGGAAUAUAUUUGCGAAAAAUGCACCAAAAGAACCUGCUACAGUUCCUCCCCAAAAUGUCGAAUUGUCUCCCCCCAGAGAUACUGCAGCAAUACAACCUACGAUGGCUGAAAUAAAUCAAAAUCCAGAUAUGAAAGCUACUGAGGCUGUGACAACUCAAGCCCCAAAAGAUGCAAAAAUCCUGCCCUCAGAGAUUGCAACAGUACACCCCAUCAAGGCCGAAGCAAGUCAAAAUGGACAAACUGCAACAGUGCAACCCACUGAAGCUGCUGUCAGUCAACCUACAGAAAUUCCAGUAAUGCAACCCACUGAAGCCAAAGGAACUCAACUUGGAGCAGUUACAACAGUGCAACCUCCGGUAAUUCCAGUAAUGCAACCCACUGAAGCCAAAGAAACUCAACUUGGAGCAGUUACAACAGUGCAACCUCCGGUAAUUCCAGUAAUGCAACCCACUGAAGCCAAAGGAACUCAACUUGGAGCAGUUACAAUAGUGCAACCUCUGGUAAUUCCAGUAAUGCAACCCACUGAAGCCAAAGAAACUCAACUUGGAGCAGUUACAACAGUGCAAUCUCCGGUAAUUCCAGUAAUGCAACCCACUGAAGCCAAAGGAACUCAACUUGGAGCAGUUACAACAGUGCAACCUCCCGUAAUUCCAGUAAUGCAACCCACUGAAGCCAAAGGAACUCAACUUGGAGCAGUUACAACAGUGCAACCUCCGGUAAUUCCAGUAAUGCAACCCACAGGAGUGGAUGCAACUUUGGAACAAGAUGGUGGAGCUUCUAAAUCCUCUGCACCUUCAACCAGCUCUGUGACUAAAAGCUACCAGUAUGUCCCUGGGACCACCACUGGAAAAGGCAUAACUCCAGCACCAGAAGAUAAAGCACCAACUGCCCCAGGCAAUAGGCCACAUGAGGACAUCAAUCUGCUACAGCUGAUCUCAGAAGAGUCUCCGUACGUGUCCAAGGUUGAAGGAUUGAAUGGAGGAACUGCAUUUGCUUUUGACUCUGGUUUCAUGCCUACACCAUUUCCAGUCCGAACCCUCUUCCCAGAACCAUUCUACCGAGAUUUUUCCAUCCUAGCAACACUGAAGCAAAAUGACGAAAGAGGUGGGGUGAUUUUUGCUGUCGUAGACCCGUCUGAGAAAGUCAUUUCUCUCGGGAUAAAGCUAUCCGCAAAGAUGGACGGCAGACAGAACAUUGAGCUAUAUUACACACCACUUGACUCAGAUGAUUCCGAAAUUCUUCGCUUCCGCCUGCCAGCCAGAAUGAAACAAUGGAUACGUCUUGGAAUCAGUGUUGAGGGGAAUAUGGUGGCCCUCCACCAGUGGUGUCAAACUCCCAAAAGGCUUAAACUCAAAAGAUCACCUGAGCCCCUCGAAUUUCACCCACAUUCUAAAAUAUAUAUCGCUAGCGCUAAACCAGUGAACAGAGAUAAGUACAGAGGAGCCAUUCAACGUUUGUCCAUCACACCAAACCCCGAGGAUGCAGAGAGGCUGAACGACAAGCAAUGUGAUGACGUGGCGGUCGAUGAAUAUGAUGAUGAUGAAGAUGAUCUCAAGAACUCUGGAGUAGUGGAGGCCACAGACCUGGAUAUGGAAUUCACUCCACCACAGCCCACUAACUUCCAAUCAUCAGAAGUGACAUCAGAUGACAAUUUCAUAGUGAGUUCGGGUGAUGACGCCAUUGCAAUCCUUCCCACAGAAGAUACAGAAGAAAUGAUCAAAACUGCAUCGGAGAAGGGAGACAUGGUGGCUGUGUUGAAAGGAGAAAAGGGUGAAAUUGCUCCGUGCAACUGUCCUGUGAUGACUGGACCCCCAGGGCCAAAGGGUGAUCCUGGACCUUCAGGCCCACCUGGACUGUCUGGAGAAAUUGGUCGGCCAGGCCAACAUGGUUCUAUGGGACUACCUGGUCGACCUGGAGUUCCUGGUCUACCUGGACCACAUGGACCAGCAGGCCCACCUGGACUAGCAGGCCCACCUGGACCAGCAGGCCCACCUGGACUAGCAGGCCCACCUGGACCAGCAGGCCCACCUGGACCAGCAGGCCCACCUGGCCCAGCAGGGUCUAAGAAAACAAGCAGCUGGUUUGGAACUGCAAGUGAAGAACUUCCCAAAGUCACUGGAAGUCCUGGUAUACCUGGAAGUCCAGGCCCACUGGGACCAAAAGGAGAUCCAGGGAAGCCAGGGCUCAAGGGUGAACCAGGACUUCGAGGACAUCCAGGGAUUGGAGUUCCUGGAGAAAAGGGCGCAAAAGGUGACAUGGGUCCUCCAGGGUCUCCAGGACCAACGGCAACGUGUCCAAAUGAUUCAGAGUAUCACAACCAGUACCACAAAGGUGAAAAGGGUGACCCCGGUCUUCGAGGUGAAAAGGGAUUCCCUGGAGUGCCUGGUCCUCCAGGUCUGCCAGGUUUGCCAGGCUUCAUUGGAGCACAGGGGAAGCCGGGCGUUUGUGAGCAGAAGUGUGACUGUCUAUCAGGACCCCCAGGUCCCCCUGGACCUAUAGGCCCGCCUGGUCCAGUAUUUCAGAAAGAGGUUGACACUUCCUACCACCAGGGUCCUCCAGGAAUGAAGGGGGAGAAGGGAGACCCUUGUCCUACCUGCGGUGUUCCAGGCACACCAGGCAUUCCUGGCAUUCCAGGACCUCCAGGCCCACCAGGAAUUCCAGGAUUAUUCUACUAUAAUAGAAUUUUCCCGGUCCCUCCAAGACCUCACUGCAAAAUGCCAGUGAAUCAUGAACAGCAAGACGGCACUCACACCACCAGGCACCCAGAUUUCCAAGGUCACAAGUCCAGUGACAAUCCAUCUGACGGCAUCCUAAAGAGCCAUGUAUUUAAGAAUCUCGAACUCAUGCUGAAGGCUACUGCUGAGAUGCCAGAAGGUUCCCUGGCCUACGUAACAGAAGGAAAUAAAGUCUUCAUUCGAUUGCUUAAUGGUUGGAGCAAACUUUGUCUUGAAGACUUCUUUCCUGGUAUUGCUUCUGAUGAUCCUGCAGUAUCAGUUGAAAUAGCUGAUAUUGCUCCCAGUCUGGUGCCAAGGAACAUUAUUCACCAAGGGCCGGUGCUUCAUAUUGCGGCUCUCAACUCUCCUCUCACGGGUGAAAUAGCUGGGAUCCAUGGAGCCGAUCGGCAGUGUUUCCAGCAGGCUCAGGAAGCUAGACUGCAGGGCACUUACCGCGCCUUCCUCACCUCGAGAAACCAGGACCUGAUUUCCAUUGUGAAGAGAUCUGACAGAGCAUCUGUGCCAAUUACAAACCUUAAGGGUGAAGUACUCUUUCACAACUGGAACACUCUCUUCAGUGGUUCUGGAGCACAAUUCAAUCCCAAAGUCCCGAUUUAUUCCUUCAGAGGCCAGAAUGUCAUGACUGAUGCUUCGUGGCCUCAUAAGUUAGUCUGGCAUGGAUCAAACUCCCGUGGGAUACGAGCCGCAGACAACUAUUGCAACGAGUGGAGAAAGGGAAAUGGUGCAAAAGGACUAGCGACUUCUCUCACAAAUGGAAAGCUUCUGGAGCAGCACUCAUAUAGCUGCACCAACUCUUUUAUUGUGCUUUGCAUUGAAAACAGCAUCUCUCACAUAGGCACAGCAAGAAUAAAUAGUUAUUAGCAUCUGGUAUAUGUUUUCUGCUUUUACACAAGGUCAAGUGACAAAGAUCCCAUUUUAUAUUACAACAGUAAUGAGAUGUCUCCUUCAGUUGCUGUAAAGCAAUUUCGGGUUUCCUGAAAGGGAUGUAAAAGUUGCUUUAUAAAUGCAAGCCUAACCUUUAAUGGAAGAAUGAUGCUGGAAAUAUUUCUUUUUUGCAACAUUGUUUAGACCUGUACCCGAAUUUUGCUGUCUUGAACAUACCCAGAAAAAUGCAUGUCCCUACAAUUUUCCACAUGAAAUAUUUUAAUUAAAUAAUCCUGAAAUCAACUCUUGUGCAGGUAGAAUAUUCAUUAUUAUUUUGUAUCUUGAAUUAUUUAACUGGAAGCAAUCUGACAUGCAUUAGCAGAUUAAAAUUUCCUCUCUCCAAAGCAAAAUGAGUUUACACUGCCCCUUUUCUAUCAUCAUGAUCCACCACACAAUGUUAUUUGCAACGUAGUACUACUGUAAAUGUCUUUCUCCAAG